CUGCUGUUCAUUCUGAUAGACGUGUCAGAGCCCCUGUCACACGUGCUGAGCUACUUUGCCGUGUCCAAGGACGACGCCCCCACGAUGCGCAUCAUUAAUAUGGACACAGGAAAGAAGUACGCCAAUGACUCAGAGGAACUGACCAUAGACUCACUACGACAGCUGUGCCAAGAGGUUGUGGAUGGUACUGCAAAGCCUUACUAUCGGUCAGAGGAUAUCCCAGAGGACUGGGACAAAGGACCAGUUAAAAUCCUGGUGGGAAAGAACUUUGACUCCGUCGCUCUGGACCCGACCAAAAAUGCGUUUGUGGAGUUUUAUGCUCCAUGGUGUGGACACUGCAAGGAGUUGGCUCCCAUCUGGGAUCAGCUUGGUGAGAAAUAUGCCGACCAUGAUGACAUCAUCAUAGCCAAAAUAGACGCCACAGCCAAUGAAGUGGAGUCUCUUGACAUUAAGAGUUUCCCAACACUCAAAUACUUCCCAGCUGGUGACAAAGAGGUGAUCGAAUACACUGGAGAAAGGGACCUGGAGACAUUUUCUAAAUUCCUGGAUGGUGGAGGAGUUUUACCUAAAGAGGAAAAGGAUGAGGAUGACGACGACGACGAUGAUGAUGAUGAUGAUGAUGAUGAGGAUGAGGUGGAUGAGAAGAAGGAAGCCGACAAGGCUGCUGGCGAUAGCAAGGAGCCCAAUGAGUCCGCAGAGGAAAAGACCAACAAAACAUCCAAAGAUGAGCUGUAAUGUCACUUUUUGGCCAAUCAGGAUCAACCUAGCAACUUUGAAUUUUCUUAAUAAAAGUGAUACAGGUUUAAA